UUGGCUUCCAACCUUCACAAAUGACUGCUCACAUCCUGAGGACUCUUCCAGCUCAGUCCCUUACAGGCCCUGGGUCUGUUCCGUGCCGGAGGCUUCCUGGAACCCUUUUGGCAGACAGGCCCUUGGGGAUAACAAGGACUGCCAUCCGUGGGGUCUGGCUAUUUCCUUACACGCUCCACCCGCACGCUGAUUUACUUCAAGGUUUCUUUCCUCCGAGGGGCGCAAUUCAGUCCCCCUUUCAAGGGGAACUGUCUUUAGACGUGAUCUGAUACCCCUACAGGGUUAACAGCAACCAAGAUCGGAGACCCGGCUCUGGCUGCGGACCACACUCACGCGCAGCACGGGUGGCGCGGCGCAUGCUGGGGAUUGUAGUCUGCCGGUAGAAUACAACUGCCGCGGAAGCUCCUGGGAGCUGUAGUCCGUGCGCAGACUGCUAUAGCCGGAGGAGUGGCUGGGAGAUGCAGGGCGUGGGCGGAGCCCAAAGUUGAAGCGCGGCGGCAUCUCACUCCCCGGGGGAGUGGGCGGCUGCCACUUUUCCCUUUGGCCUGGGCUGUCAAAUAAGAGCUAAUCUCAGCAAAUCUCUGCGAAGGUCAUCACCUAAAUUAAGUCUGACAUCACGGAUUAUAACAGCCGACUCAAGAGACGCUUUGUAGAAAUAUGAGGAAAACUAGGGCUACCUCCCUUGCUUAAUCCGGCUGUGGUCUCCAAGGGAAAAAAAAGCGGGAGAUUCUCCGCCUUGGCUUGGAGGACGUCCUUCUUUAUUCGCCCUUUUGUUCUUUUCCCUCCUCACCCUGGCCUCUGACUGGCUUUUGUACGCGGGAGUGGAACUUCAACUCCCGGCAAGCCACCGGGCAGGCGCAGGCGUGGUAGGGGUGGCCGGACACGCUGGAGGAGGCGGGCGGAGUGUUCUGCGUCUGAUUGAUACAGUGUUGUGCGAGUUUAGCAAGCUGAUUGGCUGACGCAGCUGCCGGAAAGGACUCAGCCUCGAGAUGGAAGAGCAGAGGCGUUCUGUGGGCUGGGUUGAGAGCCUCCUCCCUGAGACAGCGUCGGGCUGACCCCCGGCCCUGGAGGGAUCCAGCUUGGGAGCUGUCCUAGUCGAUUCUGGCAUUAUCUCCUUUGCAUGGUGCGGAGACCCAGAGGACCCGUCACAUUUGGGGUCGGGGAAUCAGCUGGGAGAGUGACCUGGCCCCACUGCAGGGCCCUCCCCGCCCGUCUUGCGGCCAGAACUCCUGCCCUGGGGAGUGGGCAGGGCCUGUUUCCCGUUCCUCACGCCCUGCUUUUCGACUCCUUCAGCGCUGCCUGCUAGCUGCUUUUCCUGCUGUGCCAGGAGCGAACUCUUGUGUCAGAGAUGGCAGCCACCCUGCUCAUGGCUGGGUCUCAGAUGAGACUUAAAGCCUUUGCCUCCUCAACAUUUCUAACCAUGUCUGUAAUUUCAAGAAGAAAGACUGGUACUAACCACCUAGCUACCGAGUAGUGAGGAAGCAUUGUGUGAUUUCAGGCACCUGUGACAUUUGAAGAUAUGGCCAUGUACCUCACCCGGGAAGAAUGGAGACCUCUGGAUCCCACACAGAGGGACCUUUACCGAGACGUUAUGCAGGAGAAUUAUGGAAAUGUUGUCUCAUUAGAUUUCGAAAUCAGGAGUGAGAAUGAAGUGAAUUCAAAGCAAGAGAUUAGUGAAGAUGUAAAAUUUGGGACCACAUCUGAAACACCUAGUGGGAAUGUUGAAGAAAAUCCUGACAGUGAAGAGACCUUUGAAAGUGGAGACCAGUCAGAAAGACAGUGGGGAGAUCUGACUGCAGAAGAGUGGGUAAGCUAUCCUCUCCAACAAGUUACUGAUCUUCUCGUCCACAAAGAAGCCCACACGGGCAUUCGAUAUCACAUAUGCUCUCACUGUGGGAAGGCCUUCAGUCAGAUCUCAGACCUCAACAGACACCAGAAAACCCAUACGGGAGAUAGACCCUAUAAAUGCUAUGAAUGUGGAAAGGGCUUCAGUCGUAGCUCUCACCUCAUUCAGCACCAGAGAACACACACCGGGGAGAGGCCAUAUGACUGCAACGAGUGUGGGAAAAGUUUUGGAAGAAGCUCCCACCUCAUCCAGCACCAGACAAUCCACACUGGCGAGAAGCCCCACAAAUGUAAUGAGUGUGGGAAAAGUUUCUGCCGGCUCUCUCACCUAAUUCAGCACCAACGGACCCACAGUGGAGAGAAACCAUAUGAGUGUGAUGAGUGUGGGAAAAGCUUCAGCCGGAGCUCUCACCUAGCUCAGCACCAGCGAACACACACAGGUGAGAAGCCUUAUGAGUGUAAUGAAUGUGGCCGAGGCUUCAGUGAGAGGUCUGAUCUUAUCAAACACUACCGAGUGCAUACAGGUGAGAGACCCUACAAGUGUGAUGAGUGUGGGAAGAAUUUCAGUCAGAACUCUGACCUCGUGCGGCACCGCAGAGCCCAUACGGGAGAAAAGCCUUACCACUGUAACGAGUGUGGGGAGAACUUCAGCCGCAUCUCACACUUGGUUCAGCAUCAGAGGACCCACACUGGAGAGAAGCCAUAUGAAUGCAAUGCUUGUGGGAAAAGCUUCAGCCGAAGCUCUCAUCUCAUCACACACCAGAAAAUUCACACUGGGGAGAAGCCCUACGAGUGUAACGAGUGUUGGCGAAGCUUUGGCGAAAGGUCAGAUCUAAUUAAGCACCAGAGAACCCACACAGGAGAGAAACCCUAUGAGUGUGUGCAGUGUGGAAAAGGGUUUACCCAGAGCUCCAACCUCAUCACACACCAAAGGGUCCACACAGGAGAGAAGCCUUAUGAAUGUACCGAGUGCGAGAAGAGUUUCAGCCGGAGCUCAGCCCUCAUUAAACAUAAGAGAGUUCACACUGACUAAGGCUUGUAAUUAUGGUGACUAAGAAAUGAUUCACUUGAAGGUACAAUUUUAUUUGAUAUCAGUGAGCUUCCUUAUAACAGGACUUCUUUUACCCUGCUGACCUAGUUGUGAGUCACAAUUUCAAACAUCAAAGAAGACAAUCCUUUUGAAAUUCUGACCCACUUCCUCCAAAAUAAUAAUUUUUGUUCACCCAAUAUCAAUGGAUUACUUUAUCGAAUCAGCCCACAAGUAGUUGGAAAUCUGAAGAUCAGGGGACAAAUGCUGGUGCGUGCUCAGGCAUUGACAUGGAGUAAAUCUUUAAAAGUUAUUUCUCCCAGCCUUGGCCCCAGAAGCUCCGCUAGGAGAACUGCAAUAGGAAGAGGCAACCAGACUUUGCCUGAUUUGUCACACUUAGUCACACACCAUAGUAUUGGGCACACACACUUCCACUACAAAAAGCUUUUUCCUUGAGUUAGUUACUCACACAUUUGUGUCUUUGUAUCUUCCUGAGAGCAGGAUUCUGCAUGAUGAAGGCAAUGAUCCUAACUUUUCUGCUUCUCGUUAUUUCUACUAAACUUGUUUAAAAUUUGCAUCUUUGUGAAAGCUAACUGAAGAUACAGUGUGGAAGGAAAAAUGAGACACAUGUUUGAGGACCAAGGACCCUUGAUGGUAGUGACUUUAGCAAGAGAUGCCCAUUGCUGUUACUGUCAUUAAUCAGGUUUAUGAAACUGAAGGGAACAUUGUAGGGAAAAUAUCUGCAAGACAAGAUAGGACCAUACUUGAUACUGGAGUGAAAGGAGCAAGUGGAAUUGACACCUUUGGGGAAGAAAAGACAGUCCUUUCCCAAAGGACCUGGGUCACUUUGGUGUUUGUUCCACUCUAAUCUUUAAGAUUUAUUCUCCCUAUACUGCUAACUAGGAUUUGAUAGAGCCACAUCGCAGUUUUUAAUCUUAGCUUGUGUAAGGGCAUGUAUAUGUACAGUGAAAUGUGUAUUCUUUUGGUUUUUUUAAUAGCAGAAAAUGAAUUCACAAAGCAUAAGCAUGUUCUUGGAUGAUAUGGAUCAUGUGAACUAACCGACAUAACUCCGUUAUGAGAAAUGUCUCUUUUUUCCAUUUGUUACGGGGAAAAAAUGUAAACACUAGUGCUUGAGUGUGUGCUGUGUUAUAAGGUGUUGUCUUUGUAUAGACUAAGUACUUGUUUGUAUGCAUCCAUCAACUGUGAAUGAUAAUGACUGGACAAAUAGGUUGAUCAUCCUAUUCGCAGACUGAAUUGUGUUUUACGACAAUGAAUUCAUUGGCAUGAUCAAUGGGAAUUGAUAAACCCAGGUAGGAAGGUAUUUCCAUCCUUCCAGCCUACAGAUAUAAGUGGUUGAAAUAACUGACCCAGUCUCAGCCUCAUAAUGUCAGUUCUCAUUUCGAUUUGAGUAGGAAUUAAUAUAUAUUUCAAACGUGUUUAUUCCAGCCUGAAGGGAUGGGAAGGAAUGGGUGGGUGCUGAGGAGCUGAGACUGAAGUAAGGAAUCGAUUUUCUUUUGAAAGUGUCCCGAAUAUAAUCUACUGUGCUUUAUUGUGAAUAUUGUAAUAUUUUAAAACUGUCAUUUUUUCCAUAGCUCUUUGGAAUCUGGUGGUGAAGAAGCCAGUGGUAUCUCUUCAGUAGUAUAGCAUAGUGAGUUAUUAUAACCCACACCUGGGUGAGACUGUCUCACCUGCAAAUGACACAACCUCAAAAGAAACAAAACAACAAAAAAAAACCACUCCAGGGAGGUUUCCUCGUAGUGCCCUCCUAUUUAAAUACACGCUUGGGGCUGGGAGCAUCCUUUGUAUUCUAUACAAAAUCUAGCUGACCGUGGGUAUUCAUAUGUGAGUUACCGGGUGGCGUAUAUGUUCUUGGUAACUAAACUCAAAUUCCUCUUCUGUGUCAGUGGUGCUGACAGUUUCCAUGAAUUGCAACAUUUUCCUAAUGCUUCUCUGAGCCACUACAAGCGUCAGUUUGGGAGAGGCAACGGAAGUCAUGCCUGUGACCUGAAUGUGCUUCACCCCCUUUUCUUCUGCUGCUUUUUGUCCCAUCCCAAUCUUUUUGGCUUCUUAGAGGUGAGGGGGAAGAGACUUCUGAGUCCCCCACCCCCAUCUUUCCAUGCAUGUACCCUCCAGCUGGGAAAAAGGCUACACCUGCUCUGUCUUCUCUUUCUGCCGAUUGCUGCCCCUUUGGUAUGCUGAACCUCGUGUGGAAGUCCCGCAGCAGAGGUUCUUGCUGAUGGUUUUUGCAUGCCUUCUGCUCCCAAGUCCUUGGUUGCUUCUGCACAUACCCCAAGCAGUCUGUGCCUGUUUCCUGUGGUUGUGGAGAGCGGAUGAACACGUGAGUCUAUACAGCAGUUUUCCCUAUGGUAUUGGUCACAGUUAUCCUAGUGUCUAACUAUAUCUGUAUUAUUCUAACAAUAUUCUCUGAUUAAAAGUAUUAUUUUAAAAUCA